AUGGCAAACAACGGCCUUACCGCGACGCCUUUGGGUCAACAAGGCGGCUUCAACUGGCUCUUUCUCGUCGACCUGAUUGUCUGUGGUAUUCUGGCACUCUUCUUCAUCUUCUACUUCAAUCGCACUGUUUCGACCAUCAUAUCAUAUGGCAUUCGCGCCUGGACCUGGCACAAAUAUCGCGCCUACAUCGACAUCACUUCGUUUCAGCUCUCGCCAUUAGGAGGUCGUCUCUUCUUCAAGUCUAUUCGAUACCAUGGUCACAAUCAAACAGUCUUCGUUCACGAUGGAAAUAUCACCUGGCGAUACUGGCUGCGCCAGGUUCAAGAGCCACUGAUCAUGCAGAAGGUCUCUCAACGCUACGACUCGUUCGAUACCGACAACACCAGCUCCGAUGGUUCACAGGAAAAAGCCAGACCCAGGAGUAAGAGCGUGGGAAGGGCUGAAGCUGCCGACAAAAAUCGCCAACGGGAACUCCCUUGUCGUAUCUUUGUCAAAGUCAAGGGUGUUGAGGCUUUCUUGUACAACCAGUCUCCUGUCUACGACAACAUAAUCGCCAACCUUCAGAACACGGCUCGCACAAAGGAUCCCGAUGUCCCAAGCGCAGAUAUACCCGUAAUGGAUCCAACACAGGAAAAGCCCACGGCAGCAGAUGGUCUGGACCGUCAGGAAACACCAAGUAGCAUUGACGAAUCCCUUCUGGCCGAGACCGUGAGCAGGACCACAAGUAGGACCACUACCCAUGAAAGUGCCAUUCCAGCGUUUUUGAGACUAUUUCCCAUCCAAGUCGAGUGCAAGAAAGCUGCUGCUGCUGUCGGUAAUGAGUUCACUCAGAGCAUACUUACUGCCAAGCUGGAAAACGCAAAUGGAAGGAUCGAUGCCGAUGAAGCGGGUGCUUUGGAUCUUUACAAGCUCAUGUUCAACUUUGAUUUUCACGAUAUCAAUGUCGCCCUCAAGCCAAAUACAGACUACCAAAUGUCCCAGAUGCAGGCAGCCGCGCGCCUGGAUAAGGACGAAGAUCCGACAGCCAAGAAAGGUCGCAUGUUUGGUCUUCAUCCGAUACGACGAACCGGUAAAAUUCUGCGUGCUCUAUUGCAUUUUGUUACGUGGCUCUUCACGUGGCAUCGUAGUUCCAAGCGUUCUGUCAGGACUGCAUCGCUGCUUAGUGAAGACGAGAUCUUUGAUGGAGAGUCAGCCAAGCUACCUGGUGAAGCACAAUGGCAAGGUCUUGCACGUUACCUGGACGAGACAGGCAACGAACACAAUGAAUGGGAUGGUGUUGAAUACGCUAGAUUCUCCAAUAUCGCAGAUGUGAAGAAAGCGAGCAUGAACUUCUACUGGGAUGUUCCAGGAAAGGUCUCUAAAUCUCAGCUCCCUGGUCAGUCUAAUCUCUAUGAUGAAGUCAAUGGCUCAUCCGCACCUGAGUAUGGCUUGAAUCUGUCAGUCGACGGCGCCAUUAUCAACUAUGGUCCCUGGGCUGAUAGACAACGAAUGUCCCUGCAAAAUAUCUUCUUUCCUGCUUCAUAUCAUGAUGCUGUCCCUGCACAGCGCCUCACUGUUGACCAAAAUAGAGUUGCCACCGUAUUCAAGCUCUUCUUCUGCUUGGAAAGUGAUAUUACUCUUCGCAUCCCAACACGCGAAGCAUCAAAAGACUGGAAAUGGCAGGGCCGCGCCGAAGGACAUCGUGCGCACAAUACCACUGACACUGGAGUUCGUAAGCGACGUGGCAAAGGAUCAAAGAAGUGGUUCAAGAAAGAGUCACAAGUCACCGGUGCUGACAUACGUCCUUUUGGUUGGAUGGACGUCAAAGUGGCUGCUGAUACCACCAUCAACUAUGCGAUGGACAUGUACGCACGCCAAGAUGGUUAUCACAACACAUUGAGUCUCGACGUCAAAGGCACCGAGAUAUCGUCCAGCGUCAACCACGCCAUGUUGUGGAAAUCGGGAAACCUUUUGCUCGAAGGAGAUCUUUCAAAUCCUUUGCGAUGGAACGCUCUGCGUAAAUGGCUCUUCAAGAUUCACUGUGACGGUCUCGACCUAUACAUGCUACGCGAUCACAUGUUCUUGCUGACUGAUCUUAUCGCUGAUUGGGGUAUGGGACCACCACCCGAUUUUUACACCUUUGUCCCAUUCUCAUAUUCCCUGGACAUCAACUUCAAGAACUUCAAACUCUUCCUCAAUGCCAAUGAUGCCAACAUCGUCAACGAUCCAUCAGAUCUUGAGGACAACAACUUCCUCGUUCUCAACGGCCAAGAGCUCCACGCCAUGCUGGAAAUACCUAUUGAUCAGUACAGGCCGGCGCAAAACCAUAUAAAGUUCGAUGUUCUUGCCAAAGACAUGUCUCUAGAUAUCAGCAAUCCUCCUCGUAUCACGUUGCACAGUCUUCUACGGCAGAAACGGCUUGCAACUCUGAAGAAGCUGACACUUGGUGGCAGCCACACCUUUUUUGUCGAACAGGCGCCAGGUUUGAUAGACAUGCUACAAAUGGACAUAUGCGGAACAGAUCUGGAACUCCAGGCUUUCGGUUACCUGGUACGCAUGUUUAUCAACGUCAAAGAGAAUUACUUUGGAGAAUUUUUACAUUUCAAGACUCUUGAAGAAUAUCAGAAUGCUGGGUCAGAUGCUGCAAAUGCUGAGACCAAUAUGGUCGGUAGGUUUGCCUUCAGACCUGCUAAUGAUCUCGACGUUGUUCUUUGCAUCACUGCCGAGCAUCCCAUCAUACUGCUACCAGCCAAUCUCUACUCGGCAGAGACUUAUAUCAAGCUUGAGUUACCUGUAGCUUCGAUGGAUCUUCGAGUAGCCAACUAUUAUCUCGAUCUUGCAGUGGACGUCAGCCCGGUGUCUAUAUCUUGGUCUGGUAUACAUAAUGACGAGGAUGAAUUCGAUGAUUCUUCUCCACAGAUCGUUCUGGACAGUGCAAGCGUUACUGGCCAUCGCUUAUUUGGUCUCCCGCCAACCGAACCCGCAUACGUCUCAAAUUGGGAUGUUAGUCUUGGUAAUGUGUCAGGAGAGUGUUCGCUCGACUUUGUACAUCAUCUAGCCAAAGCUGGACGAGUAGUGGGUUUUGCGCUCGCUGAUCUUGAGAAUGCUUUACCCCUGGCACAAACUGCGGACAUACCAGAAGCCGUCUUCCUACGACUCAAGACAGGUUCUGUAUGCCUAUGGCUCGAUGAAGGCAAGUCCGCCAUACGUUUAUACACGGAACCCGUUACCCUCAAUCAAAACGAUCGUGCUGAUGGUCUGUUCUCCUCUCGUUUGCACCUCCAGAUCCCGAACAUCACCGCAACAUGUGUCGACUCAAAUUCAAUGGCUCAUCGAGGAUCUCGUGGUGACGUGCGUCCAGCAAAGUGCAUCGCUUUUCUUCAAACAAGCCUCGAUAUGUCGAUGGUACAAAGAAAAGCGCACUUCAACUCUGAGCGUGAGAAGCAACAAACUCAUAUCCGCCAACAAGAUGUAAGAACUGGCAGAGCAAAGUUUCUGUUGGCGGGCAAUGGGACACUGGCUGGUGAGGAAAACUCACAGGACGAAGAGCAAGAAACAUUACCGGAUCCACCUUCCAUGGCGCUUCCCAAGCUUCCUGAUCCUCUUGCAAAAGGUUCUAUGAAGAUGAGUUUUGCAGCCGACGGUUCCCUCAAGUCAUCCAUCAGCUCAAGUUCAUCUAUCAACCAAACCUUCACUCAAAAGGCCCUUCCCAAAGGAGAUCUCGAUGAUGUGGAUCACUCCCGCCCAGCAAUGUACUACUCGAACUCAACGUCUUCUCAACCUCUCGGUACCGGGGGCUUAUGGAGCCCGUUCUCCGUUCCAGAUCCUCGAAAUCUCGAUGUUUCUACCGACCUGAGUAAGGUGCCUCAAUUUUCAACGCUCGAUGAUGAAGCCGACGAUGUGUCCGAAACUUCUUCGCAGAGUGGUUUGAGCAUGAAUUUGGAUCAGGAUGGAGGUUUGGAUCGACAAACGUUCAUGAUUCGCAUGAUUCCUGGUAUACGCAUCUACGUUGAGCCUCGCAUAAGCGAGACCAUCGUGAAUAUUGUUACAGCUUUGCAGCCAAAACGCUCUGAAGAUGUGAUUGAUACCUUCCAAAUGGAUGUCAUGGGAAAAGUGCAACAAGUCCAGGAUCAGAAGAAGAGCCGCCGUGGUAUCGUCGAGUUGAACUUGAUUGUACCUAGCAUUGACGCAAGACUUUUCAACGAUCAAAACCUCGACACGAGUCGAAAGACAGCUGUGCCGGUGCAAGAUCAGCUGGACGUUGGCCUAAGCCACCUCAACUUGACACUUCGCUUCAAGCCUAUCGCGGAGACUGAGAUGGGGACCGCGCUGACAAUGCAUCUGACCUUGGAAUCUGCACUCGCCAAGUUCUCGAACCCUCUGGAGCAGAGUGUGACAACCGAUUAUGCAAUCCGCCUUGGGUUUGAUGAUGUUUUGAUCUGGAUGGUUCUGUCCAAGUCCAAGUCAGUACAUGUGUCAUUCAGAGACCUUCUGGGUGUGAUCUCAGGUAACCAAGCAGACUAUCUGGCAUCUGUGUUCUCUCGAUAUGCUGCUAUUGGUGCUGAAAUUCAGAAGCAAGCUGAUGCAGUCGAGAUUGGUUCAAAAGCACGACUGAGAAGCUUGACUGACUACCUCACUGAGCAUGCCGAUGUCUCCUCUGAUCCUCCAUAUCUUUCACGCAUGACCUAUGUUCUUCGCGCUUUCCCAGAUCACUUCCGCAACCAAGAGUCGUGGAAGAUUGUUGCUCGCUUCCGGCACAUAUACGAGUGUUUGUCAGAUGAGAGCCACGUCGAUCUGGAACACCAGCUUGUGGAUGGUAAUGACGAACUGAAGGAGACAUCGUCAAUCCUCGAAACUUGGGCAGCGUGGUGCAGUUGGGACAUUCCAAACGUAGAACACACUCAGGUCUUCAAGCUUCUCUUAGGUGACACCGAAACCAAGCUACCGGAAGAAGAGAUCGAGCCACUUGAUCUCACUAUGCGCGCUGGCGUUGUACGUAUCGCUGUCGAGUCAGAAAAGGCAUCUAGUGAGGUUUCUCUUGGCAGUCUGUCUAUUGGGGUUACUGCCAUACCCCCAAGCUUGCCUUCUGGGCUCAUGCUCGUGGAGGAGAACCUAAGAUCCAAAACUGUCUUCCAAGCCCACACCGCGGCAUCGGUACUCCGACUCAAUUGGGAUAUUUUGGAGCAAGUGGAUGCCUUCAUUGACAUCUACUUCGAACAAGUCAGUCACACGCUCGACUCGUUACCAGAUUCUCCAAAGAAGCAAGCGUUGGAAGAUCUUUCAUUCAGGCAAGAUUUCCAUGUUGUUUUGUCUACCGACGAAGGCAGCAUCGAGCUGAAUACAAUCAACUUGAGGCAUAUAUCCACAUGCAACAAUCUCAAGCUGUCUUUGCUAGGGUCUGACAAGGCUUCUCAAGAUUAUGGCGAGUGCAUCAGUCUCCUCGUUUCAGCAAGAAAGGCGUUUACCGAACUGCAUAGCUCGGACCAAAGGGUGUGGCGUACAGAUCUUGUGUCACCGAGCAUCUAUAUCGAUGUCAAACAGACGGUUCGAGAACACACAACCGCCAUCAACGUCGGAGGAUCAUACGAGCAAUUGCAUAUUUCGCUGGAACAGGAGGUAUUAGGGCUUCUUGAAGUAGUCGAUCAAUUGUUGAUCGAUGAAGUAGCAUACAUCAUGCGGUUCCAGCAGCACAUACAGAAAGAACAAAAGAAGAGUGUGGCCAGUCGAGGCGAAUCGAAACCCGAGCGCGAACUAAAGCUGAAUGUAGCUUUCUUGGCUGGCUCAUUCUCUUUGAAUGUCGCAUUGCUCCAAGCGCUCAACCUGUCAGUGCGAGGAGAUACUGCAAACCUUCGUGUUCGACCCAUGUCUGGUUCUAAUCCUGCCUGGUCUAUUGAACUUCAUCUUGGAGCCAUGGAACAAGCCUUGGUACGCAAAGAGACUGGCUCAAGAAGACAACGAGCUGUCUUCCAUACUCCACCUGCCAGCAGUACUCUAAAUCUCGAGCUUGCCGAGAGAGAAAUCAGAAUCAAAUUUACCGGUAUAAUGGAAGAAAUCUUGUUGGACGCAUCUGCUGUUCAAAGCGUUUUGACAAUCCUGAACAGACCUGAGGUGCAAGGUGUUCUUGAAGCCAUCAGAGACCAGAUAUCAGACCUACGUAUGAGAGCAGAGGAGACAUUGCCGAUAGCUAAGAAGGAUUCUAAACCCAAGGCAGUGCCUGGAGAGUCUCGAAUGGUUGUAUAUGAUGUCAACACAACCUUGGCUGGCUUCAAGGUCGCUGCAAUCGCCCCUGCGCUCACAGCUGGCAAGGCUCGUGCCGAGUUGACGUUCGGUCUUGGCGCUGUGCAGGCGAUGGUGACGAACAAGGCUCGUAAAGCAAGUAACUCGUUCCCUGACAUACGCGGCAGCAUACAAGACAUUGGUGCUGUUUUGACUCUGAUCGAGGAUGGAAAGCGUCGUCCCUGUGGCCAUGUUACCGUUAGUGUAGCAGUGGAUUGCUGCACUCAUGAACCCGAAACCGGGCCGAUCACACGCGAUAUCAAAGCACGGAGUGAGUCUUUUGAUGUCUUCGCUUAUGCUGAUACAGCGUCAACCAUUGUGGAUAUUGUAACACACGUACACCGCAAAAUCUUAGAUCUUGAUCUCUCGAAAGAGGUUGAGUAUCUCAGGCGGCUGAGACAUUCUCGAGCCAAGCGACACAAGUCCGUUUCUCUACCUGCAGCGGACUCGAUCAAGGAGGAGGGAGAGACCGCGGUCGAAACCUCAUCCGCACGACCUGCACUUCUUGACUUCUCCUUGGAUCUGCGCAAGAUUCGCAUUGCCUGGGUAGUUAUCAGAAACCGGUUGAUUGGCAAUAAUCAAGAGCCUCAAGAUCUGGAAGUGUCCUUUCAACGCGUACACCUUGCCAUUAAAAAACAGAACGAAGCCCGCUUGUCAAUCCAAGACUUGCAAGUUCAAGUUGUACCCAAGAAGUCCAAAGCAUUUGAAAGAUCAGAAAAUUCGGCUUUACUGCCAGAAGUUGUUUUCACUGUCCGAUACGAAAGUGGCAAAGAUGGUGUACGCAUCGCGUGUCAAGCCGCUGGUCAGGCUCUCGAUAUCCGUCUGGACUCAGGGUUUGUCGUACCCGUCAGCAUGCUACAGAAAUCCAUAUCUGCAGCAACCGAUCAAUAUCGUGCUGCAAAGUUGAAUUGGCAGACCGAUGCAACUCCCGACGAUAACAAGUCAACGCCACGAGCUAGUCCGUUUGGUGACAAACGUCUGGCCUCACUUCAGGCCGAUAUCAAUUUCAAGGGUGCCCUCUUCUACAUUCAGGGAGAUGCACCUACUCAAUCGAACACACCUCUUCGGCCUGCACAUGUCGAACUGCCAUACAAACGCAACCGUGCAAAUAGCCACGCUUCACAGGACAACAAUAUUGCUACGUCGUUAAGAGCACCAGGCAUUGCCAUCAAGAUUGAGUACUCAAAUGCGCCUGAGAAAGAGCAGACACUUAAUGGAGAGAUCAAGGUCGAUGCAUCAAGCAAUACGGUCUAUCCAGAGUUGGUACCUAUCAUUCUUCAAAUCACACAUGGUGUGAAGGAGGUCGUCAGGCAUGGCGAGGAGGAACGCAAAACUCCUUCUACUCCCAAGAUUGCACAGGAGCAAGCUUUGAAGCUCCAAAGACUUCGCGGUGAGGACGACUCCUUACUCACCUCUGACCCAAGCCAGCUCCUAGGUCAGAUGAAACUCAAUUUGGGACUACGAAUCUGCAAGCAAGAAUUUGGUCUAAGUUGUCAACCACUGGCUCGCGUCAAUGCAAAAACGCAGAUCGAAGACAUCUACAUUACCAUGAGCACGAUCAACUCUCAUCAGUUUGGACACUUCUUCGCUCUGUCGGCGACAGUGACUAAGCUUGGUGCCUCCGUACAGCAUGUCUACUCGCGAGAGUCGACUUUCAGCUUUGACAUGGAAUCGAUAUCAAUGUCACUUAUGAACAGCAGGCACUUGACUGGCGGUUCCAGUGGUGUCUCGAUGGUUCUGAAAGUGUCACCUACCAGGACUGCAUUGAAUGUGCGCCAAAUCCAAGACCUUCUUCUCUUCCGAGAGAUCUGGUUCCCACCAGAGUUGCGGGAUACGAGUGAAACGCCUGCCGAGCCUCCAACUCAAGAGUCUGACAAAAUGGUUGUGCAGAGGUAUCAGCAAGUCAGUGCUGCUGCUGCAUUCCCUUGGAAUGCUACAGUCGCUGUUGCUGAGCUUGCGGUCGACCUCGAUUUGGGUCAAAGUAUAGGCAAAUCAUCAUUAAGCAUCAAGAACCUCUGGGCCUCGUCCAAAAAGUCCUCUACAUGUAAGCAAGACCUAUGUGUUGGUGUGGACGAGGUCAGCAUCAACAGUACGGGUCGCAUGAGUGGCUUUGUGGAGUUGAGUGAUGUGUCUGUACGGACGUCAAUUGAAUGGCCAAGUGCCGAUCGACAGGAGCAUAAAGCCCCUCUGAUCCAGGCUGCGAUUGGCUUUGGCAGGAUCACAGCAAAGACUGCUCUGGAUUACCAACCUUUCGCGUUUGCUGACAUUGAGGCUUUCAACUUCCUUAUGUACAAUGUGAGGGACGGCCCCCAUGCUCCAGAUCGGUUGAAAGCCAUCCUCGAGGGCGAAAAGGUGUACGUUUUCUGCACGGCGACUAGCCCGGCUCAAGCUGUCGGUCUGUACCAGGCCUUCGAUCGCCUGAUUCACGAGAAACGAACAGCUUACACUCAAUCAAUGGGUGAUCUUGACAAGCAGCUGAGGAGACGUUCUGUGAACAAGACACACAUCAAGUCAGACCCUUCGCCACCAGCACCUAUACGAAGACACACCACGGAAAGAAGCAAGAGCAAGUUCCCAAUCACUCUGAACACCGAUGUCAUGGUGAUGCUGAAGUCCGUCUGUUUUGGCGCAUUCCCAAGUACCUUCUUCGACAAUCAGAUCCUCAAAAUGGAAGCGUCCGAAAUCCAAGCACGAUUUGCGGUAGGACUGGAAGACGAGCGCGUGCACAGCAACCUCAGUAUGACCUUGGGACAACUCCAAGUAGCACUUGCUCAAGUCAAAAGAGUCAGCGUUCCCAAGACGCUCGGAGACAUCUCUAUCGAAGAGGUGAUAAGCAGUGCCACAGGCGCCAAAGGCGGAAUUAUCCUUCGAGUGCCCAAAGUCAUCGCGUCCAUGCAGACAUGGCAGCGACCUCAGUCCAACAAUAUUGACUUCAUCUUCAAGAGUCUGUUCGAGGGCAAAGUCGAUGUUGGUUGGAAUUACUCGCGCAUCAGCUUCAUCAGAGGAAUGUGGGAGACGCAUUCUCGUACUCUUGCGUCCAGACUCGGCAAACCGCUGCCUGAAUCUGCUGUCAAGAUCAGAGCCAACGAACAGUCGUCAGCGGCGGACAGUACAGACAAAUCGAAGGCGCCUGGUGAGCAAGGCAAGAUCACGGCUGUUGUCAAUGUUCCACAACUGAGGUUUGAGUACACUGCGCUCGAGCCUCCUAUCAUCGAGACACCUCAACUGAGAGAUAUGGGCGAGGCUACGCCGCCGCUCGAAUGGAUUGGUCUGCAUAGAGAGAGGUUGCCUCAUGUCACGCAUCAAGUUGUGAUUGUGACCCUGCUUGAGAUUGCUAAAGAGGUUGAGGAUGCUUAUGAGAGGAUUUUGGGUUCGUCAUAA